GCAAGAAGAAUCAGACCGUCCCGUGGACAUGGCGGUGCACACGGCGGACGGUCGUGCCAAACAGACAAACACGACACAGGGAACAAGCCGGAACAUCUUUUCACAAGAGAACCUGGUACCCACCUCUGGGGGGGUUACCGACAGCACCCCCCUGGUGAACACCCCCUUGCCCUCCGGAGUUACCGAUAACACCCCCCUGGCCGGGAGAGAAGGGCAGAGGCAGGAUGAUAAGGUACCAGACAGCGACGCGGCAUUAGCGAGGCAGGAGUCUGUUGUGAUACGUGCAGACUCGCCGACACAGGACGGAUCCGAAACACGACAAACGGAGUAUAUCAGUGAGGCGAUGCUGCUUCGUCAGGAGGAUGCACCGCCGCGGAGCGUGUCGGUACCGUACACACGACACGACCUGGCAAGGUCAGACGUCCCGCUCACCAUGACCUUCAUGAGGCCGGAGAACCUGCUGACCGACAGGAGGUCAGAGUUCACGGACAGAAGGUCAGAGUUCACAGACAGAAGGUCAGAGUUCACGGAGAGCCAGGGGAGCGGUGAGCCGAGAACGUUCUCUGCGUACGAGCGGCAGGAGUCGGGGACCCCCCACGGAGACAGUCUGGACAGGAUGGGAGCGCUGCAGGCUCACGUGGCAGCAGACGGGGCAUCCCGCACUCUCGACCCUCUGACCUUUGACCGGGACCACUUUGCGCACAUGUACCGGCGCGACUUCCUGCAGCAGCAGCGAGAGAUGUUCGAGCGCAGCGGGGUCAACGUCCCCACCACGACCCUGAUGACCUUGGUGGAGCCGGCGGUUCCCGUGAACCUGGCACAGGACCGGGGGGCGGCGCAGGACCGGUCACCGGGCGGGGCAGUCGUCAGGGGGUUCCCUCGUAGCACCAGCCCUGCCCGGGACGCACCCCGGGAAACCCCGCCGCUCAGCUCCUUUUCACCUCUGUCCCGGUUGCCGUGGGAACCGCCACUCCCGUUCCAGCGACAGCAUCCAAACGCGCAGCCGCACGUCAACAGGGAGCUGAGCCGCGAGGCCGAACUGCUGCUGUCGUUCUCACAGACACCCGGGGACAUGAACAUGCAGUAAGGUCAUCUCAAGGUCAAAUAUUCUAUGUGUUCCGGAAAUGUUGUGUCAAGGUCAAAUACUGCUGCUGUCCUUUACAGACACACAGGGACAUGGACAUGCAGUAAGGACACUCAAGGUUAAAUAUCCCAGGUAUAAAGUUACAUCACUUUCUGAAAAGGUCAUGUCAAGGUCAAUUAUCCUACAUCUAAAGAUACAUAACAUUCAUGGUGAGGUGUCCUACAUCUAAACAUACACCACAAGUUACAAGAAAGGUCAUCUCAAGGUCAAGUGUCCAUCCACUUUCACCUUUGACCCAUUUUCUGUGGCAACCACUCUGGUUCCAAGGGCAGCUUCCAAACAUGAAGGUCAUCUGAAGGUGAAACAUCCUGUACAUUCCUAUAUUUAGGUGAAUAAGAACAAUAGCUUGUAUAAUUAUUAUAGAAGAACGUCCUUUCUGGAUAUAUAGUAUACUGAAGAAGGUUAGACACCAAGUACAUUUCUAGGUAAGAAAGUCUCACAAAAUUAAUUUAGAAAUUGUUCUUUAUGUUAGUUUAAGGUAAAGCUCAAAAGUGUCAGCCUUUUGAAGUUUCUGUAUCUGUAUCUAUAUAGCCGGUAUAACCGCCGUUCGGCGUAACACACCAGCUUCUGUAUCUGUAUCUAUAUAGCCGGUAUAACCGCCGUUCGGCGUAACACACCAGCUUCUGUAUCUAUAUAGCCGGUAUAACCGCCGUUCGGCGUAACACACCAGCUUUGCAGGCACGCGGCGCGGCAAGUUACAAAAUUGGUACAAAAUUACACAAACAUUUUGUGUAUUACAUUUAUAUGUAAAGUAAAACUUGGAGAUAAUUAUAUGUGCAUUACUAUUAUUCCUUGUUUUUCUAGUUAGAAUCUGUCUUACUUAGGGUUACAUAAGACAAUUUCUGUUCAUAUAUAUAUAUAUAUGUUCAUAAAUGUCAUUAUAGGGUUGUUACCAUUGUGUUGCCAUGGUUACAUUGCCAUGACAACAUGAUGCUUACAUGGCUGGUGCUAAGAUCCAAGGAUCGAAUUUCAUGAUGCAAUGAUGUCAUUGCAGUUGUAUAUAAAGGUAUGUAUCUAAACAUUUCCUUACAAGUAGUUUGGGGUUAGUAAGGGCUAUCAUAGAUGUUAUUAACAAAAUAGUGUUUGUAAGACUAUUACUGACAGAAUUCAAAUGUUGUUAACUAUAGUAUACUUAUUAGAUAAGAGUGUAUUUUAAAUAGUAGUAAUACUUAGUCAUCAAGCAUUUGCUACUUGCUAGGAACCUUAUUGUUUUCUUCUGUAUUCAAUUAUAAGCUGUACUCUUAGCACAAAAACGAAGGUCUGUGCACUGAAAUGGCUUCAAAUGUUACUGCAAUACUUUAAUUUUAAGCCUUGAUAUACAAGAAAGAAACAGUAGAAUUGAUCCAACUAAGCUACAUGCAUGGUGUGUGUUCAUGGCGUCACAGGUACCAGGAUUGUUGGUUGAGCCUGGAAGAGUCGAUAGACGAAUAUGCUGAUAUAUGAAUGCAAUAAUCAUGACUGUUUGUUGGACAAAAGACAUAGAAGCUAGCCAGGUGAUGAAGCUGUAUUCUUGCUGUAGUUUUGGAGUAAAAUUUUAAAACAUGGGGAAACUCAGGGUUCUCAACUUACCUGUUCUACUGUGUACAAUGUCAUGUAGUU